AUGCCCAAGAGAAAAGUUAAUGAUGUCGUGAUGGUCUGUAAAAUUAUCAACGGCCAAGUAAAGGUUUCAUGUCGCAACUUCUUCCAACUGUUACCAUCUGUAACUAGAGGAAGUCGAACUAAGAUAAACUUCAGUGCAGCGCGCUCCAAUCUUAGGCAUCAAUUCUUCGUCAAUCGCGCUGGGUCAGCAUAUAAGCAGCUGAUGAAAAAAGGUUCGCUACCGAUAUCUAUAAAAAUGCUCAAAUCAUACUUAUAUAAACAAUACGCUGAUGACCUGAAAUUCUAUAAAGUGAUCAAUUCCCCACAGGAUGCUGAGUCCUUGCAGUCCUCCAUCAGUAGUCUUGUACAGUGGUCUGUAGACUGGCAGAUUCCUCUAUCUUCCUCCAAAACCUUUCACAUGCACCUAGGCCCCCCCUGCCCGUCCACAUACUUCAUAAAUGGACAACAGAUUUUGACAAUUACUGUGACAAUCGCCAAAUCAGUUGCGAACAAAAUCAGCGCGAUCAAGGAAUCCACAAUCCACUAUCUUGGUAGUUGUCUAAAUAACAGAUACCUGAAAAAAUUGUGCGUAAAAAAAGCUGCUGUGUCGCCGAACGGACAGCUCAGCUAUACAACUACCAAGAUAGUGGAUUGUGGAUUCCAUCCUCAAAGUUUGACGGGUGAAGCUUCGCUCUACGCAUGCGCGGAAUACAAGACUGUUCGCUUUUACCAAGUGCAGCACACGCACAUGCGUGGAGCUCAAAAGCCCAAAAAAUGCUGCGAGAGGUGCGCGUACUUCAUCGUAACUCCUCGCGCGCUGCCUGCUCCAAAGAAGAUGGACGACUUCGAUGAGAACAACCGAAAUGUCACAUUUGCAAGCUCUUCUCGUGGAGACAAGCGUCAAGUGUUGGAUCAAACUGAGGCUCGGGAUUUAGCAUUGAAAAAGUGGGAUCGCGAAGAGCAUAUGGAACAGAACUUCGAAGUCGGAGAAUUUGAGAUUGACAUCAAAUGCGACAAAAAGGAAACAGUUGUCGAGCAAUAA